AUGGAUGCUGCAAGACAAAUAGAAUAUCUAACGCUUUAUUUGCUUGUAAUGGGGUCAUUGAUUUGUAGCAAAACCAGACAAACAUAUCUCUAUAUUCCUGGAGACUUCAUUCUGGGAGGACUCUUCUCCGUUCAUUUUACAAAGGACAAUGGAUGUGAUAUAAACAUUGACCCAAACAGUGGAAUUCAACUCUUGGAUGCCACGAUAGUUGCGCUAUCGGAAGUAAAUGUUUACUUGAAACAGAAAGGGGUAUCGUUAGGCUUGAUAGCACAUGAUACAUGCUACAGUAUUAACCCGUCCUUGGAAUAUUCUUUAGAAUUUGCUCAGCAAAGUUUCUACACAAAACAGGAGACUUUAUACAAUAACUGUAUGACACUGACAUCCAGACGGGUGAUAGGAGUUAUUGGUCCAGCGACUAGUAGGGAGACACAAUACGUGGCUAGUCUGCUUGCUCUUUUCAAAAUACCACAGAUUAGUGGCACGGCUACUUCUUCAGUCCUUAAUGACCGACAAAAGUACAAAUAUUUCAAGCGUACAGUACCAUCGGACACGUACCAGGCCAAAGGAAUUGUUCAGCUUCUCAGAGCAAAUGGAUGGGUGUAUGUUAGCAUUCUGUAUGAAGAUUCUAGCUAUGGUAGAUAUGGUUACAAUGAUAUCAAAAAAUUUGCACAACAGGAAAACAUAUGUAUUGGUUAUGAGAAGCAAACCUCGAUGGAUAUGACAGAUUUAGAGAUAACUGAAGUUUUAACAGAUCUUAGAUCAAGAAAGAACGCAAAAGGAAAAAUAGUGGUAGUUCUGUUUAUGCUGAAUCAAAACGCAUACAGAAUUAUCCGCAAAAUUCAUGACAUGCGCAUUGAAGACUUUAUAUGGACUGUAAGUGACGGAUUAACCGGGCUUGAUCCCCCGGUUGGGCUAGAAAAUAUCAUGGACGGAGCUAUCGGAUUAACCCUCCAAACUUCUGAAUAUUCGGGAUAUAUCCAAUACGUCAAUAACCAAACUACAGAAACUAAUCCGAAUCCAUGGUAUUCAGAAUUCCUCCACCAAUAUUACCCAAAUUGCACAGCGGGAAAUUGUGAGCGAAUUAAUAACACUGGUAUCCCGUAUAUCAUCAGCGUCCGGGAUGCUGUUUACGCAUUUGGAAAUGCCAUUCUAAACAUUCAUUCAGAGAUGUGUCUGAAUGAAACUGGUGUAUGUAAAGAAAUCAAAGAAAGGUUAACAGGAGAUCUGUUGUUGGAUUACCUCGAGAAAAACAAUAAUCCUUUUAACACUUCAUUCCAUUUCGUUGAUGGUGUUGAAGGACCACCUAGAUACAGUAUCCAACAGUACAUAAGAAAAGGCAACCACUUUGUAUGGACUGAAAUAGGAAAAUUUGUAGGAGAAGAAUUGGAACUCGAUGCUGUCAAGUCGCAGGCGGCAUGUUCUGUGGAAUGUUUUCCUGGAUACAUUAAAAGGAUUACAGAAAUAUGUUGUUGGGAGUGUACACCUUGUCCCUCAGGAACCAUCACUAAUUCAUCAGACUCACCAGAGAAAAACAACAAAGAACGCGUAAUGAGAAGUACAGCUGUCAGUCCUAGCAAGACUCAUAACACAUAUAGUGGCUCUCAUGAAAGCAAUGGUCCUCAGACGAAAAGAACAGAACAGAAUUCACAUUCUUACAAUUACACUCUAGAAAAAGCAUCAUGUAUUGAUAGGUUAGACCAUGAUUAUGACGUCAUCCUGUCAACAGAUAAAACUUGUUCAUCAAAAUUAAAAAACGAGAUAUUUGACGCAGUAAAUGAGAGUGAAGAGAUUGUGAAGAUUAAAGAGAACCCUCUCUACAACUCGUAUGCAUAG